UUGCGCACUUGCAAGUUGCGACCCAUUGAUGGGUCGCGAACGAAAUUUGAGUGGGCCACGAAACAUAAGACGCCAUACCGGUAGAUCGGGUUAACGGCCGGUAGGUACUCGUACUAAUAGUAUUUCAUGCUCCCUUUUAAGACACCCAAAAGGUGGGUCCCGAAUUUGGCAGUUUUUGUUGGGUGCGUCCGGAGCCCAGUCAACUUUGAGAUAACUGGUUUAAGAUAUUUGCACUUCUUUAAGACUAAAAAAGGUAAAUGUUCGUUGCUCUACAAUUACGCCUAUUCUAAACGAUAAUGAGCGAGGUUUGGUUUUAAGAGAGUGUUAUUAAAUUUUAAUUUUUGCAAGUCCCGCCCCAACAGUGCGAGGGUGACCCACCCCCUACGGAGAGGAUAUAAGUAGAGGGAUGCUGCCCUCUGGACCAGUGAUCCGGCAGAGUGUCUAGUGUGCAGUGUUGGAUUUGAUCAUGAUCCACGCAUCAUUAUGAAGGUUUAAGGAAUUUCUUCGGAAAACGUCAGGAAACACGAUGAAGAGCUGGCUGGAGGCGAGCGGGAUGGAGGACUCUCUGUCCUGCAUGCUGGCCGAGCCGCGGGAGGCGCUGCUGCCCAUCACCGGCAGAGAAAACCUCGCACCCAGAAAGAGAGACAGGACUCUAGAACCAUGCGCCAUGUCCGAAGAAGCAUACCUAUCGAGUGGCGCGGGCUCCCCCUGCGCAGGGCUGUCGCGCGAGGAGCGCCGGCGCCGGCGCAGGGCCACGCUCAAGUACCGCACCGCGCACGCCACGCGCGAGCGCAUCCGCGUGGAAGCCUUCAACGGGGCGUUCGCCUCUCUCAGGCGGCUGCUGCCAACCCUACCGCCUGAUAAAAAACUUUCCAAAAUCGAAAUAUUACGACUCGCUAUUUGUUAUAUUGCGUACUUGAACCAUGUUUUAGACGCGUAAUUAAGUUUGAGCACGGAUGCUCGAAAGCUGUACGCUUUAAUAUUUUAAGGACAGUCAAUCUGCCGUGGCAUCUUACUAAUUAUCUGCUAUGCGACUUCUGAGGCUGACUGUACUUAGAAGUUUGAGAAUCUAAUCUAGUCAUAUCAAUAUAAUUAUGAUUUCAAUUUAAAGUGAAGUUACAAAUACACUUAGUCGAAAGAUAAUUAAGACGAAAGCGGACGACCGUAAGAAUUCGCCUUUCCUUACAAACGUAUAGUCUUCAUUAUUGGCGACUACGCAUGCAUGGAGAAGCGGUCGUCCCCUUUCCUUUUAAGAACACUUUCUAGGUGUUGUAAGUUCUGUAGCUAUAGGUAUUAUUUUUUGUACAAUAUUUAUGUCUUCCUUUGUUAUUAAUGUUAUGAAGGUACGUUGUAAAUAAAUAAGUAACAAAUC